AUAACUAUCAUUGCAAUUGUUUGAGUAAGACCAUCAAACUUUCAAAAAUUGUAACAUUGUAUGCUUACAUUGUAUUUUUAAUAGUUUCUUCUAGUUUAAAAUAUUUUUACCACUAGUUCUAAUUUAUUUUACACCAAGCUCAUAUUUUUAGAUAAAAAUGAAAGUUUCCUAUGCUUUAAUAGCAAUUCUGUUUGUAAAUGUUUUGGCGGAUUUAAAGGAUGACUAUCAAAAGGAAUAUAAAUUGGAGAUUUCCUUGUCCAACAUGGAAAUCCACAGAGCUUCAAACCAUUACGAUUCAAAUGGAAACGGAUUGGAGUAUAUAAUUACAAAAAUUGUAGAGACUAUGGUAAAAGUAGGAUUUCUUACAAUAGGUAUGAUGUCAUACGGUUUAACUACCGUGCUCACUAUACCGGAACAUAUAAACAUUAAUGACCCAUCAAUGCUAAAAGAUCAAAUAGUUGAACAGCGAUUUUUGCGAAAGAAAAUAUAUAAUCUAAUAGGUGGUCCUGUUUCUGAGGGUCUAAACCAAAGUAUUCCUGCACGUGUAGUACGAAUUUAUCAUGAUUUUGAUGACACAAAUCAAAUGGAUCCUGCUUCUGAAGAUCCAAACCAAAGUGGUCCUGUUUCUGAGGGUUUAAACCAAAUGGGUGCGGCUUCUGAAGGUCUAAACCAAAGUAUGCUUGAUUCUGAUGAUACAAACCAAAGUGGUCCUGAUUCUGAAGAUUCAAACCAAAAUAUGCUUGACUCUGAUGAUACAAACCAAAGUGGUCCUGAUUCUGAAGAUUUAAACCAAAGUGAUUCUAGUCCAGAAGAUCCACCCCAAAUUUUUAGUGAUUUUGAUAACGCAAAUGAAAGUAAUUACAAUGUUAUUAGUUAG